UGAUGAUCAGUGUAGACCCAGCAGUGCCACCUGUCAGUGCCCAUCAAUGCCAGCUCUCAGUGCUCAUCCAUGCCACCUGCCAGUGCCCAUCAGUGCCACAUCAAUGCCACAUAUCAGUACCUACCAGUGCAUAUCAAUGCCACAUAUCAGUGCCCAUCUGAGCUGCCUUUCAGUGCCACCUAUCAGUGCCAGUCAGUUCUGCCUAUCAGUGCCAUCAGUGCCUCCUAUCAGUGCCAGUCAGUGCUACCUAUCAGUGCCAUAUAUGAGUGCUGCCUUUCAGUGCCCGUCAGUGCUGCCUAUCAGUUUUGCCUAACAAUGCUAGUCAUUGCCAUCUAACAGUACCAGUCAGUUCUGCCUAUCGGUGCCAGUCAGUGCCUCCUAUCAGUGCCAGUCAGUGCUACCUAUCAGUGCCAUAUAUGAGUGCUGCCUUUCAGUGCCCAUCAGUGAUGCCUAUCAAUGCCCAUCAGUGCCACCUACCAGUGCUUCCUCAUCAGUG